GUACCGGGGCGCCGUGGAUGUGCGCCACGUCAGGGAGAAGGAGGGAGGGCGGCGUGGAGGCGGGCAAAACCUCUGACGAAGUAGGAAUGUCUGUGCUGGAGAAGACAAAUGGCUCACCUGCCCAAGCCACCUGCCUGUCUGUGUUGGACGAUACGCAGAACCAGGUUUCCUUCACCACAAGUCUCGCCGUCGUGGAGCUACAGCCGCCACCAGACUCCACCUCCGCCAGCUCCCCCCUGCAGGAAGCGACUGUCCUCUGCACUCACGAGACGUCGCCUGAGGGAGGAGACAAGGCGUGCGUGCUCUUGCUUCAGCCUCUCUCCAACGCCAACCACGGCCCGGCUGACCACGAGGACCCUGCGCUGAAGACCCAAUUAGACGACCAGGAAUGUGACUCAGUGCUCGAUAUACCCCCGCCCUCCACGAUUAUCUACGAUGCUGGGGACUCCUGUGAGGGCUCCCCACUGCUGCCACAAGGGGCGUCUCACUCCCUCCCCGCCCUAACAGAGAGUACCUUUUAAGGAGUGUUAAGUGUCGAGUAAAUCCCCCUCGUGUGGUCCCCAUCCCGGUAUGUUAAUGGAGACGAACUAUAUAUAACCCUCGGUGUUGUGACUGUGUGUAGUGCGUUAAGGAAUUAAGAACUCCAGGAGCCUCUAGUGUUCCUUCAGAUACUCGUGUAGCGCUCUCCGAUCCCUCUACCGUGACUUGAGCAGCGGUUCAGGUAGCUUAUGUAAAGGUUUCUUUGAUAUCGAUGUUUGCUCCCUUUUUUUCUGUUCUCCUCAUUCCGGCCCGCUUGAAAACUAGGUCACCUGAACGCUGCUUCACCUGAACUAUGGGGUCCGAGUACCAGACGCCGCUACCUGGCCUGGGCCACCUGUACAUUGCAUCUCCCAGGUACUGACUCACGUGAACUUACCUUAGAUAUACAUUUG